AUGUCAAAGAGACGUUACUCCUCAAGAAUUUUAUUAACUUCUUUUUUCGUGGACCCAAAUAAGUUUGCUGAAAAACAAAAUGUGAAGGCAUGGACAUCACAGAUAUCCAGUUUGGUAAGGGAAAACCAAUCCAUAGAAGCCAUCAAUUUGUUCAAAACAAUGCUAAAAGGUGAACACAAACCCAAUUAUGUUACAGUUUUAAGCGUUAUAAAAGCUGCCGAAAAAUGGCAGCCUAUGGUGAGAGGAAUUCAUGGGUUUACUAUCAAAAUGGGAUUUGAAUUUGAACUACCCGUUGUGACGGCUCUUGUUGGUGUUUACUCUAUUUGGGAUAUGGAUACUGCAUGGCAAUUGUUUAAUCACACAAAGAGAAAAGAUGUAAUUUUGUGGAGUGCAAUGGCUUCAGCUUGUGUCAAGAGUGGAGAGUACGUCGAGGCUAUUGAGAUUUUCCGGAAAAUGCAAUUUUGUGGUGUGGAACCAAAUUAUGUUAGCAUUGUGGGGAUAGUCCCUGCUUGUUCCAAUCUUGGUGCUAUAAGAGUUGGAAAAGAAAUUCAUUUUUAG